AUGCUGCUCCUUAUCAAGAGUUACCACCACGUCCUGGACAUAUACCGGUCUAUAUUCGCGAAGGUAAUCAGCCGCUAAGCGAGAUUCAUCCAGGCUUGGCUGAGGCAUUUCAUGAACUAGAAGAACUGGAUCAAAAAGCAGCGGUGACCAACCCAGAAACAAGCAAUAUCGUUAAGGAUCAAGCGGACGGGAUCAAAGAUCAAAAGGACACCAGUGCAAUAAUUAAUGCUUUACGGCUCCCAGAAAGUGAUAUAGCUUCGCUGGAUGACGUAAUAAAUGCGGAAGAUAAAGCAGAAGAUGAAGAAUAGAAAGUAGAUCAGAGC